AUGAUGAUAAAUACGAUAUUCAAAAAGGUAAUAAUGUCAGAACCUUUUUCAAGAUGGUUAAAUGAAUAAUAUUGGACACUCAAAUUAAGCAUAGAUAUUAAUUUUAUUAUUUAUUUGAUUCCAAAUAUUUCAACAAUCAAUCAGUAAUCUUAAAUUAUUAUGAAAAAAUUCAUAAAUUAGUUAUUAAUGUAUAUAAAUAUAUAUAAAUUAGAUCGUAAAUGAGAAAGGAAAAAUAAAUAGAAAUUUCUAUGAGAAAUUGA